AUGGAACAGUGCACAAUUUGGCAGGCUGAUUUCAAGGCAGAAUGGUUUUCCAUGUUUGAGAGGCUGCGGCAAUUUUUCGGAUCCUUCCAAUUCCGCAUUGUCCCUUUAUCUAUCUAUCUAUCUAUCUAUCUAUCUAUCUAUCUAUCUAUCUAUCUAUCUAAGUCUUGCAUAAUCUAUCUAUCUAUCUAUCUAUCUAUCUAUCUAUCUAUCUAUCUAUCUAUCUAUCUAUCUAAGUCUUGCAUAAUCUAUCUAUCUAUCUAUCUAUCUAUCUAUCUAUCUAUCUAUCUAUCUAUACCAGUCUUCUUAUCUAUCUAUCUAUCUAUCUAUCUAUCUAUCUAUCUAUCUAUCUAUCUUACUUCAAAUCUGAAGAUGAGAGAAAUGGGAAAGAAGCAAAUUUGGCGGCUACUGCCUCUGUUAUUGCCGUUCAGUUCUGGUGCGGCAGCUGCAAGUCGAGUUGCAACAUUCUCUUCUCCUACUCUUACUCCUCCUCCACCACCACCACGAACAACAGUCUCAAUCAUACUAUCCUCUCGUAGCUUGAAUUCCACUCAUUUCUUCGUCUCCUUCUUCUUCUUUAUUCUGUUCCUCUCUUGCUCUUUCUUCUACCUUCUUCUUCUUCUUCUUCUUCUUCUUCUUCUUCUUCUUCUUCUUCUUCUUCUUCGCUACACCCUCACCUCCUUCUCCUCUUUCACCUACUCCACUUUAUUCGUCUUAUUUUACCCUGACUCUUGCUCUGCCUUCUUUAUUGUCUCUCCUCCAUUUUUUUUUUCUUCAUCACCUCCUCACUUCCUUCCCUUCCUCCACCUUCUUCUUCUUCUUUUUCUUUUUCUUCUUCUUCUUCUUCUUGGUGUAUGUUUUUACAAAAUACAAUUUUAUUGUUAUUUCAUUUCUAUUCAUAUUUUCUUCUUUCUCUCUACCGUUUUAUGCCGUCACUGUUUCGUAUUUAUUUUCUAUCCGUCUCUUUCCUUUCUUGUCGGCAUCUCCGAGAGUGGAUCCCUUCUCUUUUUCUCUCUCCCCUCACCUGUUAUUUUUCUUUGUUUUCUGUUACUACAACAUCUUAACCAGUUCGUUCUUUUCUUUGGGAAUCCUUUCCUUCCUUUUUACUUUGAUUUCUUUUCGAAUUCCUUCUCUCUUCCAUUCUUUUAUGAUCCAUUCUUACUGUUUUUCAUUUGA